CACCCUCGAUUCAUGAUCCUAUUACAAGAUGUCGGAAAUCAUAUCUUAAUGGAAGUGGUUUAGGAAAAACAAUGCGUGCAAUUCGAAUUUUCAAAAAUAUAAACAUGGUUAUAUUUACCCAUACAAAUGCAUUAGCUAAAGAUUUUCGAGAAAAACGUGAUAAUGAAGUAGGAGAGUGGACACCUGAACGCAUGGGAGAGAAAAAAUUUUCACGAGUUGUUAUUUGGGAUAAGACUCCCUCAGAUCGUAUAUUAUCAGCACAUCGCCUAUCUCGAAGAAUUGCAUCGCAAAAAUACCUUGAACUCCAUCAUAUUAAAUAUCCAGAUCUACCGGUUCCACUAAUAUAUAGACCAAGAGAUAGACGUAAACAAAACUGCUUCGUUUCAAUUUCUGGUUUAUCUGAGAAACAAGAACUAGUAAAAAAUGAUAUAGUACAUUUACCAUUGAAUACACUUUCUAAAAAGUUUAUAAAAGAUAUAU